CCGAGACGGAACUGCACCUGUCGGUACGCAGUUUUGGUUUAAAAGAAAGAAAUCUUUUUUUUUCCCCAGCACAGCUGAAUCAAAAGGAACACUUUGGUCUCGACUCAACUCGUCCGUGUCUCCUGCAUCACAUGAACAAAAGUAGAGUAACCAGAUUUCAAUGGCACAACACCUAACUGUGGCACAGAAUGGGCUGUGGAAGUGUCAGGCACUGACUGAAGAAUGGCGAGGUUUAGACGCAAAUCGUGUGUCGCAUUAGUUUUCAUUUUGCUUGUACUCAUCAUAACAGUGGUGCUGAAGUCACUCACACCAGAUGACUCUCUGUUCAUCAGACCUAUUGUUGCAGAACUGUCUCCAGAUAGACACACAGAGCUCCAGAGAGACAACAAGCUUCCUGAUAAACACAGAACCCAGAAAAAAAUGAAUGAAUCCGCUCAUUCAGAGAAAGACGCAGAGCUGGAAGCUACACUCAGAAAGUUCCCACCUCCCAACUACUAUCUCCAUGCCUUCUACUACACAUGGUAUGGUGAUCCAAAGUUCGAUGGCAGGUAUAUCCACUGGGACCACCCACAGCUGCCACACUGGGACGUCAAGGUGGCUCAGGGUUACCCACAAGGGAGACACAGCCCACCUGAUGACAUUGGGUCCAACUUCUACCCUGCUUUAGGGCCUUAUAGUUCCAGAGAUCCCGCCAUCAUGGAGGCUCAUAUGCACCAGCUGCGCACAGCAGCAAUUGGUGUCAUUGCUCUGUCUUGGUAUCCUCCCGGCAUGGAGGAUAACAAUGGUAAGCCAACAGAUGACAUUGUGCCUUUACUUCUUGACGUGGCACUCAAGUACCACAUUAAGGUGGCUUUUCAUAUUGAACCAUACAAAGGGAGAGAUGAAAUUAACAUGUUCAAUAAUGUCAAAUACAUCAUUGAAAAAUAUGGGGAGCACCCUGCCUUCUUCAAGUACAGGACAAGCACUGGCAAGUUUCUCCCGCUCUUCUAUGUGUAUGACUCAUAUCUGAUGAACUCUGAGCAGUGGGCCAAGCUGCUGAAACACACAGAGAGCAACAGCAUCAGGGAAACCCGGUAUGAUGCCAUCUUCAUUGCUCUCCUGGUUGAGGAGAAACACAAGAGAGAUAUCGUGAUUGCAGGCUUCGAUGGCGUCUACACCUACUUUGCCACUAAUGGGUUUUCCUAUGGGUCCACUCAGCGGAAUUGGGAGUCGAUUAGAGCUUUCUGUGAAGAUAACAACCUGAUAUUCAUUGUAAGUGUGGGGCCUGGGUAUAUUGACACAAGUAUUCGGCCUUGGAACUUCCAAAACACUCGAAACCGCAUCAAUGGAAAGUACUAUGAAACCUCUCUGAGUGCCGCAUUACAAGCAAGGCCUGAUUUUAUCUCUGUAACCUCUUUCAACGAAUGGCACGAAGGGACUCAGAUUGAAGCGGCAAUUCCCAAAACUAGCCAGACUGCGUAUCUUGAUUACUUGCCAAAUAAACCAGCAAUCUACCUGGAGAUAACACGCAAAUGGGCUGUAAUAUUUGAUGGAGAGCGCAGAAAAUGGCAGGAAUGAUGUAAUUAAGAGCUUCAUGAGUGUAAAUGUGAAAAAGCAGAUGUUUUCUAAAGCGACAGGCAAGCAAACUAUGAUUUUAUCUUUGCAACUGUGAUGUAUAUUCAUUGAAUAAUUGUUAAUUUCUCUGGUGUUUUACUACACAGCCUUGCACAUUUUUUCUUUCUUCUAGCUGAAAUGAUAAGCAGGCAGGUUUGACUUUUCCUAAUCUGUGAAAUCAUGAAGCCUCAGCAACUGAUAAAUAAUAAAACUGAUCACUUUUAAUGCACAAACCCUAGCUUCAAGGCCACUGCAUCAAGAUAAUCUAAACAGUAGCAGCAAUUAUUAAAGCCGAAAUGCAUGGUAAAUGUUAAAAAAUAAAGAGUUGUAAACAUGGGUCCAAA